GAGCUGUGUCCCCUCGGAACGCUCUCCUUUUUCCUCGAAGGCUAUGGGUACCUCGUGGGAACGCUCGAUGAGCCUCGUCUAUGGAAGGUCCUUGCUGAGCUCUCGUCGGGCCUGCAGCACAUUCACUCUCACGGCGUUCUGCACUUGGACCUCAAGCCGGCCAACAUCUUUGUCACCGAAAUCGGAAGCCUCAAGAUUGGAGACUUUGGCCUUGCAUCGAGAUGGGGUAGCAAAGCCUGCAACCUCGAACGCGAAGGCGAUCGAGAAUAUUUGGCUCCCGAGAUUAUCUCCCAAGCCCAGUACAGCAAAGCGGCCGACAUCUUUAGUCUGGGUCUGAUCAUGGUCGAGGCGGUGGGCAAUGUGGUGAUGCCCGACAAUGGCGAGCCAUGGCAAAAGCUGCGCAACGACGACUUGUCCGACGUAGACUUUUCGAUGAUCUCCGUCUCCCUCUUCCGGCUGAUCCGGUCAAUGCUGUCUUCGCAUCCUCACAAGCGACCCUCGGUCGAGGAGAUUCUUCAACACCCUGUCCUGGCUGCUGUGCAGGAGAAGAUGAGGGAAGGCUUGAGGGCUAGCGAGCUGGACCAGUUGCCCGAUUUUGAUCUGCCUCGCACUCGAUCAGGUCUGUCUACGAUUCACUCUUCGUCCUCCCUUGGCAGCGCCAUCGAUGCCCUGGAGGAGGCGAGCGGUGAUGGCAACGGCGGCAACGAUCUAGCCGACAGGAGCUCCUCUUCCAUUGCUGCCCAGGUCGCACCGGACACGCCUGCUCUGUCGAUUCGCGGUGCGCUGAUCCAAGAGGACGACUUGUUCCUCUGCACCGUUCUUGCCCACGAUCCAGACCCGGAAGCCCGAGAAUUUGCCGCGAAUGAAUGGACUGGCGACUCGAGUGGGGAAAUGCUGGAGAAUUGGCAAGAAGAUGAAGGGCAUGGUGAAGCCCAUGGCCAUGGCCAUGGUGGGAGGUAUGGAUACGGUAUCAUGGGCGGUGCGGGAACAGGAGCAGACGAGAGUGCCGUUCUCGGACUGCACUUUGCCGACGAGACUCUGGCCGAAGAGGACGAGGGGGAGUAUGACGAGCACUAUGGCUCGAGGAGAGGAGGAGAAGAAGACUUUUCCAUGGACCUGGAUGAGGAUGAAGAUGCAGACGCCUUCUCGUAGAAGCACAGUCUAGGGACAUGAGUAUGCCAUUGGAAUACGUCGUCUCUCCUCCUUUGCACGCUCGCACGCACGCACGCACGCACGCACUUGUCAAAUAGCACUUGUAGUUUCUGUCCCGAUCCCUUCUCUUUCCCUUGCUAGCCCUCUCUCUAUUCACUUGUGCUCCAUUCACGCAUGUCUUCAGUCAGUCAUUACCACCUCCACCACGCAUGUACAGACAUUGGUCACGGAACUCCCCUCUUGAGUAAUAUCAUUGCAGGCACGCCGUCUAGAGCUAUUGC